AGGCUCCCCUCUAGCUCUGGACCUCUAAGAUAUUAUAAUAUUAUUAGUUAAACAGAAGAUCCUUUAGCUAGCCUAGUUCUACGUUCACUUCUUUGACGUUUGAGGAUUUUCAUGUUUGCAUCUUUGCAUGAGUGCAUUUGAAUAGCAGCUAGAAAGGCCUCUAUAUUGACUGCAAGAACGCACUUCUUAAUUCCCAGUGAUUUAUCCCAAUGCAUUUGAGUCGACACCGGCAUUAUUUCACUUCCUCUCAUAUUCGGGCUGUUCCUCAAGAGCGUUCCCCACCGCCUUUAGACAGGUGGCUUGGAACCGAACACGCCUCGUGUGAGUCGUAAAGUUGUCGCUACCUCUGAGGAGGCGCUCGUAACAGGACCAGUACGACCAGUAGUAACGAGCCACAGGGAGCUUUAGGUCAGCACCUGGCCCAGGAAUGACAGCCUCGUCUCUCUCGCUUCGCAGCCGGAAAUGGAGCAUCUCAAGGACAGGAGGAGGCCGAUUUUGGGAGCAGGGAGGAAUGCGUUCUGGAAUGUGGGCCGCAGAGGUGUGGCUGCUGUUACGGGGUGGCCAUGGCAACAGGCGGGGUGCCCGGGCCAGCAUAAGCCCGGAUCUCAAGCGCCGUGUGUGUGUGUGAGAGAGAGACAGAACCCCCAGGCACCGAAGCACUGACUCCUUUAUCCACACAAAACUUUCACAAAAGUUGUCCAGCCUCACAAGAUCAGGCUUCGUGCGCCUGAUUCUCAAAAUGUGCCAUAAACACACUUUAAAGAAACAAUCAUAGAAUAAUGGGGUUGGAAGUGGGUCCCCAUAACGCCAUCGGGUCCAACCGACCCCCCGAAAAUCCAAAAUAAUACUAAGGGGGGUAAAACCAUGAGGGGUACCCCAUUUCCUCCAUGCUCAGCUCAGGGGCGCCUGGCUCUAGCCACUGCACAAAGCCGCGGCCCGCUCCUCAGGGCAGGACGACCGAGCCAUGCUCCCUAUCUGUGGAACAUGGGAUAAGGAACUCUUGACCCGUAAGAGCCGGGACUCUGUGGAAGGAAUGGCUUCGGCGCCAGCCUUUCUCGUGGCUCAUCCUUCAGGACUUUAAAAACGAAGGAAAGGGCGGUGCUGGAGCGCGCCGGGUUGGCCGGGCGCCAAGCGACGCAAGGAGACACCUUGCGCCACCGUCGCAACCCUCUUUGGUAUCUCCCACAAGUGUCUCACACACACACGCACACCUCCUUGGGAUAUAAAACAGGGGCAGGAAACACGGCGCUCAUCAGCACACCGGAAUCCACCUUGCAGGAUCGACCCCGUUGCCAGCUUCUGAGUCGGCCCGUGGGACGUCUCGCGUGGACCUCGAGGGACCAAGCCGUGGGACUUCGAGAGGAAAUUCUGCCAGCGUAUAGGAUCCAGUCGCACCGAGGGAAAUGGGGUGCAGAUGCUGCAAGAGGAGAAAGGAAAGCCAAGAGCUGACCAAUGUGGAGCGGUCCAUCGAAAUCCUCAUCAACAACUUCCACUGCUACGCCAUGAAGGGCCGGAAGGAGUGCCUUACCCCUGGGGAGCUAAAAGACCUGGUGGGCCAGCGGCUGCCGCAUUUAGCAACGGGCGCCGUGAUGUUGGAGGAGAAAAUCGAGUGCCUCGGGGAUAACGACGAGGCGAAAUUACAGUUCGGGGAAUACUGGGAUAUCAUGGGAGAUGCGGCCAAGGGCUGUCGGGUCCCUGGAGGCAAGAAGUAACGAACGCCGGGGAAGAUCAGAACCGCCAGGCCUUUACAAACCAAGAAAAGAGACUGUCAAUCAUGAUGCCAAUGUAUUUUCAAUACAGUGUUAAUAUUGUGAAGAUUCUUCUCCCUCUUCCUCCAGCCCUGGAAAUCUCAAAAUCUAGAGCUGAUCUCCAUUGCUUCAAGUCAAGGGUCUUUCCAUUUCUGGUUCCCUUUCCUCCUGCUCCUAAGGUUUGCUCUAGAACACUACAGCAAGCCUUUCUGGAACCCUGCAGUCCCGGUUCCCGACCACUCAACUCUAGAACCCUAAAUCCGAGAGGUGUUGGCAGAUCAUUUCUGGAGCAGCAAGGCGCCAUUUUUGGCAAACGGUUUCCUUUUAGAUUUCUCAACCUUCUAGACGCUAAAACCUUUUAAAGGGUAUAGCCACAAACCUCCUACUCUAGAUCAGUGAUGGCCUGGAUCCGGAUCCAGAACCUCCUCGGCACAAUGUUUCCCUUCUUUUUCUAGAUGCCCCAAACCUCAAACCGUUCUUCUCCAGAUGCUUGUAUUGUCAAAUAAUAAUAAUAUACAUAUAUUUAAUGAAAAUCGUGAGAUGAAUCUCAGUUUCUCUAGUUUGGGAAGGAUUUGCAAUUUCUUUGCUUGCGAUUUUUGCUCUUUC